CAUUCAAGGGGUAAAUCAGAGAUAGAAAUAAGAAUCAAUGCCUUGAUAAGAACUUGAGGGUUCUCUUUCAUUUCAGGCGAAAUAAUCAGUUAAAGAAUAAUGUGUACUUAUAAUGCCAUCACUUGAUGAUGCAUUGCAGCACAACAAAAGCAGAAAUGGGGAGAUCAAGGAACCUGAGCUAAAGAAGCCCAUGGUAGCCUUACUGAAAAUACAGUAAUCAUCAUUGGAUCAAAAUCAUCAUCAAAGGGAUUGAUAGGAACAGCUUUUUUAAAAAGUUACCUUUUAUAUUAGACAAAUGUAUAUCUAUGGAAUCUAAAUUAUCGGUGUGCCAUGAUUACUAUGAGGAAAACUUGCUUGCAAAUGUUAUGGCUUUAAGGAGCCAACUAAGGAAAACAGAGAGAAGUUUAGAAAACUUGGGAGAAGAGCUUUUCAGUUCUAGUUCAUGUGAUCUUUUGGACCAAAGCAUACAUGAGGAAGAACUUGACGUUUUAACAAUGGAAGAUCUUGUUUAUUCUACUGAAUUAAAAAGUUCUUCAUCUCGUUAUGCUGCUAGCAGAGUAUCUUUAAAUAAAAGAGAACCUUCAAAGAAAUCCAGGAGCAAAUCUUAUUCAGUAUCUUUUGAUAAAAGCAUGGAAAAGGAAAAUGAAGAACUAAGGGACAAAUUAAAUGUCCUCCGGGAACAGAACAUGUUACUGACUUCACAGAACUACCAGCUAAUGAGUCAAAUGGAAACCAUAAACCUUGAACUGAACCAGUCAAAAACAAGAGUAUCUUUUCUUGAGUCUGCUUUGGGUACACAUUCUGUUAGCCUUCCAAUACUAGAAGAUCAGAUAGCAAGCUUGGAAGCAGAAGUUCAAUCUCAGGACCAUGUUUUGAAAGAGACAGAAGAUAAAUUGGCACAAAGCCAUACUAUAAUAAUGGAAAAAGAAUAUGUUUUGCAAAAGUUCAAGGAGGAAUAUAAAAAAAUGAAACACGAUUUAAUUGAACGAAGCAAGCAUGGAAAGAGAGCUGAACAACAAAGAAACGAAGCUCUAUAUAAUGCUGAGGAGCUUACAAGAACUUUUAAAAAGUACAAAGAGAAAAUUACUGAAAAACUGGAAAAGGUUCAAGAUGAAGAACAAAUUUUAGAAAGCAAGUUAAAGAACUGUGUAAAAGAAAAGGAAAAGUUGCAGGCACAAUGUGAUACCUAUAGAAGCGAGCUUGAAGACAUGGAAGAACGAAUAAGAAAGUUAGUCGAAGAGAAUUGUUUUGCAAAAGAGAACCUAAAAAGUGUUGAAGCCAAAGCCUGUGAACUUGAAUCACUCCUAGCACAUUCCAAGAAGAAGAUCCUGCUGCAGGAAAGUCGACUUCAGGAGGAAAAUGCAGUAACUGAAGCAAAAAAUACAUUAAUGAAAGAAAACGCUGACUUAAAAGUUUUUAUCACACAGCAAAAGGAUCAUCUAAAGUUAUGUCAUCAAGAAAUUGACAAUUUAAAAACGGAAAAGAGUAUUUUAGAAAAUGCUGCAGUCCAGCCUUACCCAAGUUCCCCUAAAGAGUUUGACUCAGAUCAUGGUGAACGUCAUUCUAGAGGAGCAUCAUGUGCAACUUGCUUUGAUAUAAGUAGAUCCCUAAUAGAAGAACUAAGACUAAAACUACAAAUGAAAGAUACAGAGAUUCAGAAAAUUAUGGCCAAUAAAAUAGCUCAAGACUUCUUUGAUGAAAGUGAAGAAUACAUUGGGUUGCAUACCCAGGAAACUGAACCGGUAAAAGUGACUGGAGAUCCCACAGUGAGAAAAUUCCAGCAAUUGGAACUGAUCAAUAAAAAGUUUGAAAAAGAAAGGCAGAAAUUAAUGAGACAUCUAAAAGAGCUGCAUACCAAGCUGGAAAAAUAUGAAGAAGAGAAUUCUUCUUUGAAGACUGACAUGGCACAGCGAACCAGUCAAUUUCAAACAAUACAGGAAGAACUGUUGGAGAAAGCCGCAAAAUCUAAUGGCAUGGAGCGAGAGGCAGCAAGGAAAUCUUCUAAGAUUUCAGCUCUUGAAAAACAGUUGGAAGAAAAGACAGUUGCAUAUACAACUGCUGCCUCCAAAAAUGCUGAGCUGGAACAGGACCUAAUGGGACUACAUUCCCAGCUUCAUGAUUUGGAAAGAUGCAUUGCUGAGGAACGUGAGCAGUUCAUUAAAACACUAGAAAAAACAAAGCUAAUUCAUCUUGAGCAACACAAAGAAAUGGAAAAUCAGAUUGAAUUACUUCAGACUCAACUGGAAACCAAAACCCAGCAAUUCCAGGAGGAAGAGAAGACAAUGUCUGUUUUACACCAAGAUAUUAUAUGUAAACAAAAUCAGCUUGAAUACCUGGAGCGACAGUUGCUAGACAGCAAAGAGGCAAUGGAAAAGCAGACUCUCAAGAACAAUGAAACACUGAAGAUAAUACAGGGCCAGCUCACUGAGGAAACUGUAAAGGUCAGACAGCUACAGACAGCGUUAGAUAUCUGUAAGGAAGAGCUAGUAUUGUAUUUGAGUCGGCUAGAAGAAAAUAAAGAGUCAUUUGAGAAGCAGCUGAAGAAGAAAUCUGAAGAGGUACAACGGUUGCAAAAAGAAAUAAAGAUUAAAAAUGACAACCUUCAAGCAACUAGUGAACAAAAUCUUCUUCUACAGCAGUCUCUGCAGCAGCAGCAGCAAAUGUUACAUCAGGAAACAAUUAGAAAUGCAGAUCUAGAAGACAGUCAAGCUAGACUUCAAAAGCAGUUAUUAAAACUAGAGCAAGAGUUCCAAAAACAAAAGGAAAAUUCAGAAGAAAAGUUGAGAAAAGCGAAUGAGAAACUCCAUUUAGCCUCUGAGGAGAAUGAUUUGAAAAAAGAAAAAGUCACAGAACUUACCACUACAAUCAGGCAAAUCAAAACGGAGAUGGAUCAGUGCAAAGAUGAGCUAAUAGACAUGGAGAAGGAAUUAGUGCACUUACGACGAGAUAGUCACUCUAAAUCUAUGCAAGUGAGCCAUUUGGAAAUAGCUUUGCAUGAGAGACAUUCAGAACUGCAUAAAAAGGCACAACAAGUGAAAACCCUAGAAGAGAAAUUACUUCAAAGUGAAAUGCAGCAAAAGGAUGCUGUUCAGAAAAGAGAUGCACUGGAGAGCGACUUGCAAAAUGCCAAAGAGGAACAAAAAGCCACUUUGAGGCAGUUAGAGGAACUUCAGGAAGUUUUUCAAAAAGCACAGAUGUCUCUGGAGGAGAAGUAUGCUGCUAUCCAGGAUUUGUCCGAGGACCUAAGGGAAUGCAAGGAUGACAUUGAGGAUAAAAAGCAAGAACUUAUUGAUAUGGACCAGGCACUGAAAGAAAGAAACUGGGAGUUGAAACAAAGAGCAGCUCAGGUUACGCAGUUGGAUAUGACAAUUCGUGAACACAGGGGAGAGAUGGAACAAAAAAUAAUUAGAUUAGAAGGAAAUUUGGAGAAAGCAGAGUUACAGAUCAGAGACUAUAAUAAACAGAUUGAAAAUUUGGAGAGCAAGCUACAUAAUUCAAAUGAAGAGCUUCAUCAGAAAGAGUUUGACAUAAUCCAACAACAUCAAGAGAUAAUUCAACUUAAAAAAGAAAUUGAAAGAAAACAGCAAAAAAUAACAGACAUUGACAAAAUGGUGAAAGAACAGGAAAAGUGUGUUGCAGAUCAGCACAAAGAAGUACUGGAUUUAGGUCAGCAACUGAGGUUAGAACGUGAACAGAUGAAAUGCAUCCAGAUGGAACUCCUGGAGAGUCGGCGUCAGUUGGCUCAAGCUCAGAGGGAUGUGGAUAGGAUCUCUCAUGAAUUCAAAGAAGUGAACCAUCUUUCUCAUGAAAAAGAAGCUCGUGCAAAUUAUUUGGCUGAAGAACUAGGCGCAGCUCAGGCCCGGGAAGCUCAGUUAGAAGCAAGAAUGCAGGCAGAGGUGAAGAGGCUUUCAGCAGAAAUACACUCACUGAAGGAGAUGUAUAAAUCAGAGAAACGCAUACAUGAAACAGAACGGGUGAAAUGGCAGCAGUCUACAGAUUCUCAGGUAUCUAAAUCUCAUCAUCUUAGUGGCCAACUGAAGCAGCUGAAGUUGGAGCUUGAAGAUGCCGAAAGCACCGUCUGUAAUCUGCAACAGCAACUUGAAUCUAGAAAUAUGAUGGUUCAAGCAGCAAGUGAAGCCCUGCUUCUCAAAGAAUCUGAAGUUACACGACUGCAAACUAGAAUUGCAGGUCAUGAAAGAACAGAAGGCAUCAAACAAUUAUCAGUUUUAAAAGAGAUCACUCCUAAUCUGUACUCUGAUGAUACAGGAUUGAACUUUGCUGAGCACUCUCAGAUUUCCUAUACCAAACAUAGAAAACUGUGUCGCUCUACAAGUGCUAGCGAUCUAAAUGUAAAAGAUGAUACUGGGGAUUUGUUGCACCUUAAAGAGAUACUUGUAUUAGACUCUUCAGUGCACUGUAACAACCACAGUGAUAAAGCUCUUGCUUCACAAAAAACUCCAAGUGACUCCUCAUUUGAUCCCUUGGCAUACGCUGUCGAUGAAGACGUGACUUCUGACAGUAAUGACUUCCACACUCUUAGUGGAAUGCUAAAAUAUAUCAACAAAGAGAUGAAGAAGUCUGAAAAUGCCUCCCUAUAAUUUUCAUCUGACGCAAAUGCAAAGGAAAAUCAAGUACAAAGGCUUUGAAGACACGCCUCACGCAAGCAGUCAACCAGUUACUUAAAAUAGGCGUAGUAUUAUGUUCAUGAAGACAUUUAAUAUUUUGUAUAGUUAAGAUAGCUGCAUUGAUUCCUAGUCCUCAAUCCUAUUUUUCUAAUUCUAUUUUUGUGAUUAUUGCUUUGAAAUCAUUUGUACAGUAAUAAAGACUGUUAAAUACACUGUA